AGAGGAGCUGGGAACAAUUCUUCUCCGAGGGAGGGAAGUGAGAUAGUGAAUAGUUUGCACGGAAGAAGCUUGUGUUCAGAUUUAUUGCUUAUUAAAGUUCUACAGUUAGGUAUGUCUUCUGAACACAAAGACGGCCACGUGGAGAUUGUGGAAGAAAAGCCUGCAGGAAGCCCUACUAAAGACCACAGAGAAAAGAGCUUGUCAAGUCCAGAGGGCUCGCCCAUGAACCCGAGAAAAUUUCCAUUCAAAAUCCCAAGUCCUGUACCCACAAGGCGAACUAGGACUACUUCCCAAUCACGAAUUGCAUCAGAAUCUCCAGAGCAAACAGGGGUCUGUAAGAAUUUUUGUCGGAACAAAGGUCAUGGUUUCAUUACCCCUGAUGAUGGUGGGAAGGAUAUUUUUGUGCAUAUUUCUGACAUAGAGGGGGAGUUUGUUCCUAAAGAGGGAGACAAAGUUUCCUUCCGUACUUGUCCAUUGCCUCCGAAAAAUGUAGAGAAACAAGCGGUGAUGGUAGUGCUGACUGAAAUGAGAGGGGCACAUGAAAAGUGGUGGAACAGUUCUUAACAGAGAUAGACAUUUGAACACACUUUUUAAUGGUUGAAUGUUUUUCAAUGGUUGAUAUAGUAGAACCCCACUAACCUAUGGUUCCAAGGGAAACAAAGAAUAGUUUGAGGGACUGGGCAAGGUUGUUCAAGGCUGGGAUGAGAUAACCCAGGAUUAGCGUGAAAUUUGAAAGUUUAGUUUAAUUCUAUUUGCCUACAAUUUAAUGAUUGGAUGCACUAAAAAGAGUUGGACAAUUACCCUAAAAAGACUCUUGAAUAGAGAAUUAAAGAAACCCAGAUUAGAAUUCAACCCUGGGUUAGUGCCAAUCUGCCUUGAAAAAUUGGGCCCUGAUGAGUUAACCCAGGCCUGUAACUCCAAGAAAUGAUUAACAUGUAACUUUUCCUUAUAAAAUCCAUUCAUUAUACAGCAAAAAGGUAAUGAGAAUAUUCAAAGUUGUCAGGUAGAUGUUGUUAUCUUGAUCUAACACCAAAUUCUUGUAACUA